UUUUACGCGUCCAGUCAGUGCCAGACUGCGCUAGCGGCAGCUUGCGACAGAUCUCUACCUGCUGUAUGACUCAAUUGAAAUAUUACAAGAAAAUGAGCAGCUCUUCAUCAUCAUCAUCCUGACUAGCUUUCGGAAACACAUUUUUUCAGACAGCUGAUAUUUACGCGCAAACUUGGAUUAAAACGGAUAUUUGUCGACAUGGGAGGAAGACGCAGAGGCGCACCUGGAAAUGACUUCUCUUAUGUCAGUCCUGUUGUCAAAUAUCUGCUGUUCCUGUUUAAUUUCCUAUUUUGGAUAAUCUCCCUGGUGAUGAUGUCAAUUGGAGUGUAUGCCCGCAUGAUGAAACAUGCAGAGGCGGCUUGGGCUUGUCUGUCAGUGGACCCUGCUAUGAUGCUGAUGGUCGUGGGGGUCCUCAUGUUUAUCCUCACCUUCUGUGGCUGUGUGGGCUCCCUGCGAGAAAACAUCUGCCUGCUGCAGACAUUCUGUAUCUGUCUGACUGUGAUCUUCCUGCUCCAGCUGGCUGCUGGUAUUUUAGGAUUCAUCUUCUCAGAUAAGGCAAGGAAUAGAGUGACUGAGGUGAUCAACAAUGCUAUAGUCCACUACAGAGAUGACAUUGAUCUGCAAAAUCUUAUUGACUUUGGUCAGAGAGAGUUUGGCUGCUGUGGUGGCGUAACGUACACUGACUGGUCCCAGAACAUGUACUUCAACUGCACCAAGAACAAUCCCAGUAGAGAACGCUGCUCUGUCCCCUACUCAUGUUGUAUCACAUCCAAAGACAAGGAGGUUAUUAAUACCAUGUGUGGCCAGGGCAUGCAGGAAUUUAAAUACGCUGAAGCUGGAACCCACAUCUACACUAAUGGCUGUAUAGACAAACUGGUUAACUGGAUUCACAGCAACCUGUUCUUACUAGGAGGUGUUGCACUGGGACUGUCCAUACCACAGCUGGUUGGGAUCCUCCUGUCUCAGAUGCUAAUCAACCAGAUCAAAGACCAAAUCCAACUCCAGAACUACAACCAGAGACACCGCUCCGACCCAUGGAGCUGACCAUGGCCAGGUUAGACCAGCAGCUGUGGGUUGAUGGGUCGAGCCACUAAUGCCAGUCCUCUGAAAAAACAUCUGUCAAAAGGAGGCGUCUGCCUGGAAUGAACAUUACAUCUUAUUCCUCUUGGAUUUAAAAAUACAAAACUUGUAUUAAGAGAGCACGUGGACAAAAAAGUAACAUGCUUUCAAAUACAUGGUGCAGAGGUGCAAGUAUAAAGGAGACAGGUGGAGAAAUAGGACUCUGUCGCCACCUUCUGGACAUAGACCAAGCUUGUAUUUACUGUACUUUUUACAGUAAUUAGUAAAACCAAAGCAGAUGAAGAGGGGUAUUUGGUGCUGGAGGUCCUAUUGACAGGAUCAUAUUGACCUUCAAUUCUGAAAUCUAUGUUUUGUGUUUGUUUUUUUCUCAACUGCAUCCAUUAUACUGCAAAUGUUAACUAUCUGAAAAGGGAAUUGUAUUUUCUAACAUAAUGGCUGCAAGCAUUUGUGAGGUGCAUUUGGCAUUUGAUACUCUCUGGAAUAUAUAUCAUAGAUCCUUUCCAUUCAUGUUUUAGCAAUGUCUAAUAUGCAUUUUUAACUUCAUAGUUACAAUAUCAGUGUAAGUACACCAACUUGACACAAAGCUUGAGCAAUGCACAUGUACCACUUGGUAUGAACUUUUCUAUAAUUUUACAGGUUUUUGUAAAAACAGAUAUUUAUUUCUGGGUCCCAAAAUACCUUGUACCCUUGUUACAAACAUAAAUGAAUAGUAUGAUAUGAUUUUAAUGAUUUUAAUGUGUUUUGUUUGAUGUGAACUUUAAUGGUCUUACUCUCUAUAACGUGGCCACGUUGUCGUGCCAGGACCUCACACUGCACAUGAUGUCAUUUCCUCCUCACAUUUUAGCCAGCUGACAGCCUGCAUUACUGCACAACUGCUGGAUUUUGUUGGGUGUACGUCUCAGUACACUGCCAUUACAAAUACACUUUUGCCAAACAACACAGGCUAUGUACACCGUUCAUAUUCUGUACAUAUGUCAUGGCGGAUAUAUUCUCAAUUCUGUAUGCAUCGUUUGAAUCCUGUCUCACCUUUUGCUGUCUCAGUUUUUCUUGUGUAAUAAUUUUCAACUAAAUUUCUACAAAAGGAAUGGGAACUCUGUACUUUCUAACUAAAGAAAAGAGAUGUGUGAACAUCUCAAGUGCUGUAGUAGUCUUGUCACCUAACCAAAAACUGCUUUAUAUCAGAGUUUUAUUUAAUCUGACAACAGAGGAAAGUGUAUCUGAAUUUUAACAGUUGUUGUAUGGAUUUGGGUUUAACAUGUUUGUAAAUGUCUAGUAUUGAAAUCUGUCCCUCUGGAAUACAGAUGGGAGACAAAUUAAAAGAAAAACCGGUACGGGUCUGAAUGCUCGACCCCUACAGUGAGGGGAUCUGGUGGCUCUGUUAUGUUGUGGAGAGCAUUUUGCUGGCAUAGUUUGGGUCCACUUGUCUCCUUAGAGGGAAGAGUCAC